UCGGUUAGACUGAUUUGCCGCUCAUUUCACGUAGAAGCACAUAAUGUUUAUUUUUUGAGUCGUGGAGAGAUUUUAACCGGUUUCUCUGAGGUAAUAAAAAAACUUGGCUUAUUGAGACAACUUCCGUCAAACAUGCAGGCUGAAAAAGAGGAUGAUGAUGAUGAAGGCUCGCCUGAGGAGUACGUUGCCUUGUCUGAUUUCACUGGAAGUGGUAGUGAUCAGCUCAGUUUCAGUAGCGGGGACAGACUGCUCGUGCACACGAAGCCUUCCCCUGAGUGGUGGUGGGCAGAGCUCCACGAGGUCCUAGGUUACGUCCCUGCCAGCUACCUGCGGAAGGAUACAGAUGAGGAGGAGGAGGACACCAGCCCAGAGGACCCAUGGCAAGAUGAAGAGUACUUUGGCAGUUAUGGGACACUGAGACUUCACUUGGAAAUGCUGUCAGACAAGAGCCGCACCGAGGCGUACCGGCAGGUUAUUCUCAGCAACAGCGCCUCUCUGAGGAAUAAAGUGGUGAUGGACCUCGGCUGUGGGACCGGCAUCAUCAGCCUUUUCUGCGCUCAGCUUGCACAGCCCUCAAUGGUGUAUGCAGUGGAAGCAAGCUCCAUGGCCGACUACACCACGCAGCUGGUGAAGCAGAACGGCUGUGAGGAGAAGGUCACUGUGCUUCAGGCCCGAGCUGAGGAGGUGGAGCUACCUGAGCAGGUGGACAUCUUGGUGUCUGAGUGGAUGGGAAACUGCCUGCUGGUAAUGAUGACUUUUGAGUUCAUGGUUGAGUCGGUGCUGAUGACCAGGGACCGCUGGCUUCGAGAGGGUGGUGUCAUGUGGCCGUCGUCUGCAGCUCUCACCAUAGUGCCAUGUCAGGCCCACAGCUAUUACCAAGAGAAAAUGGCCUUCUGGGAGCAAGUGUACGGCCUGGACUUCACUCCUCUUCAGCCCUUGGCACAGCAGGAGUUCUUCACCAAACCAAAGUUCAGCCAUGUCAUUGACCCUGCCGACUGCCUCGCCACUUCCUGUGAUGUCAUCUGUCUGGAUAUGUACACACUGCAAGUCCAAGACCUGGAGGAAAUGCAGGGUCUGUUUCAGUUCUGCGUGGAGAAGCCCGGGGUUUUUCAUGGAUUCACUGCCUGGUUCACCGUUCAUUUUGAGAGCCUGGAGACAGGAAGUCCAACAGUGGAGCUAAACACCGGGCCUCACUCUGAGCCCACACACUGGAAGCAGACGCUCUUCAUGCUGGACAAGCCGAUAGACGUGUAUGAAGGAGACUCCAUCAGCGGGAGCAUUACUCUGAGCAGGAACCCCGUCUGGAGACGCCAUAUGACCGUUACUUUGCACUGGAACAUCAACAACAGCAACCACAGCAGCACAGAGGAAACCCACAACAGCAAGGUUGGGACAAAGAGUUUCCCCAUGUGGAGGUGACAGAGGGGACAAAUGCUUCAGCUGCAGUGGAGAUGCAGAGACAUGCUCCUUCUCUGGAGGUCAGGGUCGGUGAGGUAUCAGCUGAGAGCUGCUGCUGAUCUGGAAUCAAGCGUGACAGUCAAGGAAGGCUCGUUUGGUGAGACAUGAGGACCUACAGCGAGGAGUCUUACGCUGCAGACCCAGGAGAUUCGACACAAAGGAGACGAUCACAGAGGUUAACCCUUAGAGCUCACAGCUAUUGCUAUUUUCACCAUCAUGUCUCGUCUGGACUUUUUGUCUUCAAAAGCUUAUAAAACAUCAACCCUGUGAUGCACAG